CCCAUCCAGCGCGCCCCGCACGACACUGUUGUGGAGCGCCGGCGCUGCCAAAAGGCUGCCGCGCGCAAGCCAAGGGCUGCCCCCACGCCGCCGACGCGUCCCAAAGCCAUGUUCCACUUCCCCAGCAGCACGCGCAGCGCGACCAGCGGCGCGAGCGAGUCGCCCGGCAACACGCCAGGCGCCGCGCUCAAGCGCCGCUCGUUACAGGCGGACCUGUCGCCGGGCUCCUGGCGCCACCAUAGGAGAGACGCCUUCGACCCCUACGAGCUGCUGGCGAAAUAUGAAUUGACGUCGGAUGGCGUCGAGGCCGGGGGCAAGAGAAGGCCGCCCGUGCAGCGGCUGCGAGGCUGGAUCAUCCUGCUGCUUGGCAUCAUCGUGUGGAUCAUGGUCGGUUCGAUCUUGUACGCGACGACGAACGGCUGGAACUUCGCGCAAUCACUCUACUUUGCGGUUGAUGUGGGGUUUCUCUUUGGCUCCGGCGCCGCCCCGGAGUCGAGGGAUUCCUCCAUGCUCAUCUCGACUGCUAUGAAUGUGGUUGGCACAUUCUUUAUAGUAGGCGCGCUCCAACUCUAUAUUCGAGGCAAGUUCGCCGAGCUCGAUGUGUUGGACAAAAAGGCGAGGCGACGCGCCUUAGAUAUUGUUGGCGUCGUCUCACGAAGGCAAGGGCUGGACGAUAGUUCAGAUAUCGACGGGAAAGGCGCCCAAGGUUUCAAACCGGGCGCCGGGACGGCCGCCGCCGUUUUAUUGGUGCUGUGGUUCGGCCUCGGCUUAGGGUGGAGUAUGGUGGUUCCGGGGUGGGGCUUCUGCCGAGCACUGAGGUUUACGGUCGGAGCCAUCACGACGGCCGGGUUGGAGGCGGCGCCGAUGACUGGUCUCAAAGAUGGAGCUGAUAGUAGGACUGCGGUAUUUGUCGCGUUCUAUCAAGCUGUGGGCACGGUGUUGUUUGGCGCCGCAUUACUGAUGGUGACGGACAAUCUUGUUCAUAGAGAAGCCUACGAACGAGCCAAGAUGGCCAACGCGUUCAUGCACGAGACGAGUCCGAUGCGUGUCAGGAAGCUCCUAGGUGAUACGGAGCGUGUUACGUUCGGGGAAUUUGUCGUGUUGGAGUUUGUGCGGCAAGGGCGGUUGGACUGUGAUUCAUUGGAGGUGCUGAGGCAUGCGUUUGACGACGUCGUGGGCGACGGCAACGACACGAUCGAUCGACAGGAAGUCGCGCGGUUCCACAAGGUGUCGGCGUGUCGGCAGAGGUACGCGACGCAUCUACGACGGUCGAAGCACCUGCCUCCCGAUUAUGCUUUAGAAGCUGCUCUGGAGUUGGACGUCGAGUAUUUGGUGUUGAAAGCUGUUAGAAAUGGCUGGCUUGCGGAUCCAUCACCGCCGCAGCAACCAAAGAAACAACAACCAGACGAAGCGAAAGAGGAGGACCUUGAAUUACUCAGGGAGAUCGCCGCGGCGCACCAGGUCGACAUCGAGGCGCCGCAGCGGCGGUCUUCUUCCAGAUCGUCGUCUUUAACUCCGCAGGAGGCGCGCGAGCGGUCGUCGUCGAGACAUUUAGACAGAAUGCGAAAGGAGAUGCAGAAGACGCCGCGCGAGUCGACGAAGAAAGUGAAGCCGCCGCCGCCGCCGGAGUCGCCCGAGUCGCCGCGGGACCCGCCGCCGCGCGUCCAGGGCAAGAUGGACGCGUCCGACGACUCAUCCUACGCUGAUGAAGGGGAUCUGGCCGCCGAGGACCUAUAAUUCAUGAUUAUGGACAC